UCCUAUAAAGUCUGCGUGGAAAGAGCCCAAUGGUAUCGAGGACGGCAGUUGAGGAUGCUGUUCGCAAUGUGGUCCAGGGCCCAGAACGAGGAGACCUGCUGUUCUUUGUCGGGGAGCAAACUGAUGAGCAACUGAGCCAGUGGAGGAUCCUGGACACAGACGGCGAUUCAGCAAUUGUCGCCUUCGUGAGGCGGAAGGCCCAAGGCGCGGUGGCUGGCGUGGGCAUGACAAGAACUGGUGAUGCAGGCGCGGCGGCUGGCCUGGGCGUGGGGAGCGCGGCAGGGGCCGGCACGGCUGCCGGUGAGGAUGCUGUGGGGGUCUCUACCGGUCAACACAACCAGGCCGCGCUGAUUCCGGACACCAGCGGCGCGUACUUCCGUCGGGUCAUGGCGGCACAAUUUCUGGACUCUGGCAGCACCAGCGUUGACAACGGCGGCCUCCUCGGCAUGCGGCACCGGCAGUUCUACCUUGACCAGCCGCUCGGUGCCUUGCUGCCGGUGUCAAGUGCUGCCCAGGAGGCCAUCCUGCACGACAGCGACCUGCUCAAAUACGUCGCCGUGGAGCCCGACGGCGGGUCCGUCCGCACGUUCGGCCAAAUGGUAACGCAUGCCCUGAUGGGAUGGCAUGACGUGCAGCUCGCCAGCUCAGAGACCGCGACCUCGUUCAAGACGCAGCUUCUCGUGGGCAUACCGCUCUCGUAUGCCCUUGGGCGGUUGGGUCUGCACUUCCGUAUCGACCGCAACGCGGCAGACCCCUCCGGUGACACAACGAAGCGGCUCCGCCCGGACUUCCUGUGCUGGAUCCGGAACGCCCUGCUUCUCAAGGGGGAGGAGAAAGCGAACGAGUCGGCGCUGCAGGAGGCCAACCGAGAGCUGACGUCGAAGAUGGCAACGUCAUGGAGGCCCGGACUACUGCCGGGCGUCAGCAUGCCUUGCAUGAUGGCUUACACUGCUGCCGGCAACCUGAUGCAGUUCUUCGCCAUCACCGAGAGCAGCGGCGGCGGUGGUGUGGAGGCGUGGCCCAUCAGCGAGCUCUUGGACAUCAGCCGGCCCCUCGGCCGCAUCAAGGUCGUGCACCACACCCUGCAUAUCGCGCGGUUGCUGGCGGCAUAUGCCCCACUGGCGCCGCCGCAGCUGUCCAUCGCCCUCGGCGGCAUGAUCCAGUCUAAGGGACUCGGCGGAAGGCUCCUGGGCAAUGUGAUGCUGUUUGGCGACUUCGUGCAAAAACGCGCCUUCGAGUACCUGCGGCAGCCUGGCGUCGUUCUGGACUUCAGCACGCUUGUGGAGCUGUACACUGCCACCGGUCGGGAGCUGUGCGCAAACCUGGUGCGCCUGCACCAAGGCGCCAUCCGCAUGGAGGGCACGACGUUGGUGCUGCACUUGGAACCCGUGGGCUUGCCACUGGAUGCUCCCCCAGCGGACGAGGCCACUCUCAAGGAGGCUAUCCGGGGCGUGCUCCUGGGCAUCGCGGCACUACAUAGGGCAGGCUUCGUGCACCGGGACGUCCGCUGGCGGAACGUGAUUCGCGUGCCGGAGUUGCGGUCUUCAGGUUCGCUGAGCACGUACGUGCUGAUCGACCUGGAGCACGCAGCACGCGCCGAUUGCGCCGUGGAUUGCCGCGAGCCUGACUUCCGGCUGGGGUCGUGGCCGAGCGAGGACAUGCUGGAGUCGGGGAGCGGCCGCUACACGCCCGCCUCCGACCUGUGCUUGGUGGCGUACCUGAUGAUGUGCAUUCCGCUAAGCCAGAGCGGCCAGCGCCUGCAGCAGGCCCUGGCCGCCCGGCAAGUGCCGAGCGCCGAGGCUGCCCUGCAGCACGAGUGGCUGUCGCUGCACGCGGCGUAGCCCAUCGCCACCGCCCUGGUCGUGGAGCUGCGGAGACACUAAGACAGCAGACAAACGCAAAUUGAAGUCGGCUUUUCAUAGCACCUCGCCCUAGGGUGUAAGAAUGCGUGUAUAAGGUUUGCCCUCAAGUCCGUCGCGCCAUGAGUGAGAGCAGCUUUGCCGCGGUGGCCCCUUACACCCUGCCGUGAACAUUGUGCAAAAGCAUGCAGCCAGUGCUUGCUACUAGUGUCGGUUUCAUUGUGCGCGGACCCUUGUUGGGGCGCGCCCCCACACAUGUGUACCUACUUUGGCGCUUCGGGGUCCCCGCCGCUUGCGUAUGUGAUAGCUGCCUUGCCUAUUGAGUCACCUGGGGUGGGUGCGGCGAGAAGGGUGCGAGUGUGAGCGGACAUGCGCAAAGAUGUCAAGGUGGGUGUUGUAUUCUGAGCGCGCACGCGCCUGGCGCCCCGCAUGCGCGUUAAGUUGGGGCUAUUGGGCAUAUGUGCCGGGCGCGGGGCUGCGCAUCAGGGCGCCGAGGCCCAACAUCGGGUCUGCCGCAUGGGGUGUCCGAAUGCGCGGGAGGCCCCAAAACGUGCCGCGGC